AUGGCUCUCGACUCCUUCGCCACUGAGGCGUUCACCCUCCUCUCCUUAGGCAUCUCGAUCAUUCUCUUCCGAACUUUCGCACGAUGGAAACUAGUAGGCUUUUCAGGAUUAGAGGCCGACGACUACCUCAUGCUUCUAGUGGUCGUACCGUACUCUAUUGAGACAGGACUUGGAUAUGCCGUGGGCGCUGCGGCCAAUGGAUUAACCAACAGCGGACUAACAGACGAACAGAGGGCCGCUUUAAGCCCUGACAGUGAAGAAUACUCAUGGAGGAUCAUCGGCUCCAAGAUCCAGGUUGCCGGUUGGGUUAUGUAUGUAUCAGUGCUUUGGAUCAUCAAGGCGUCUCUUUGCGCCUUCUACAUUCGCCUCACAAAUCCUAUCACCGGACCUCGACAAGGUUCGGCGUGGGCCGUUCGAGAAUCAUUCGUUGCCGUUGCCACCUCCAGCCUACCAAUGAUAUGGGCCAUCGUACGCCGCUGGCUCAAGCGAUGGUUUGGCUCUAUCCUAUCCUCGAAUAAGAAGACAACCGGACCCGAACCUGGAAGCAUUAUGCUCGGUGAUCGAACUAAUCAUUCCGAUUGGCACAAGCAGCGUACACAAGCCACUGUUACUGCAAAUGCUGUUGGUAAAGGUACUAGCAGCGACGAUUUUACGAAUUUCAAUGAUGGGGAUUCUGAGGACGGCAUAAUCCCUAAGACCAGGCCUUAUGGCGGUAUCAGAAAGGAAGUGGAAGUUACUAUUGAGACGGACUGGCCUGACCAACAAGACCCCAACCAUACUCACGACGAUAGGCAUAUGGGUUGCCAUAACCACCAUAGCAGGGCUGUCUAG